CAGCAUUCUGUCUCCAGCACGUGAAUACAUUACCACACCAUGUCUACCUUCGCUGUUCUCCUCCUCUGCGCCCAGGCUUGCCUGAUCCAAGUAAGUCAUCUUGUGUUUUUGAUUUGUUUACUAUCUAUGUACAAACAAUGCUGACUGGUAUAUUAUUGCCAGAUCCUCAAGUAUUAAGCAGAACUAUGUCACUGUUACAGAACGUGUGCGGUCAGUACCUGGGUAAUGGUCUAGGCGGCUGCGGCUGCGGAGCUGGUCUGGGUGGCCUCGGACUCGGCUAUGGAGCUGGUUGGAACGGACUCGGUGCCGGCUGGAAUGGACUCGACGGUGCCUACGGCGCUGGUUGUGGUUCAUACGGCGGCGAGGGCAUCGGCAACGUGGGAGUCGCCGGUGAGCUGCCCGUCGUUGGUGUCACCGCUGUCGGUGGCCGCGUGCCCAUCAUCGGUGGUGUCGAGUACGGAGGUCCCGCCUGCGCUGCUGGUGCUGUCUCUAUCUGCGGACACUGCGCCCCCACCUGCGGCUGUGGACGUGGCCUGGCUGGAUACUACUGA